CACACACUGACAUAAUUAAACAGACACUCUUGUGUUUUCAAUACAACUGGGGUUCCCAGUUGCCUUGAACGCAUUUAAAUCGGAGAUUUUCGAGUUGUUUUCAAAGCGGUAUCGGGGGUUGGUUUGAGGCAGCGAUGAUAGAGAAAGGAUAGAGCGAUAUUAGAGAGCAUUCCAUUGGCCCUAAGGUGCAAACUGCUUUCCGGAGGAACACCAGAAAUUACAGCCUUUAGUUUUGUAUGGAACUGCAGAAUGUGCCUUACAUACACCAGUCACCAUGAGGUUUCCCGAAGAUCAGUGUUUUUGUCUUCGUGGGCUGCCUGGUGGCUUACCUGAUGUUUGUUAAGCACCACUAUGAUGGUGUAAGGCCAGCCAUCUCUUAAAAUACCACCUCACUUCCACCCCAGAUUGGGCUUGUCGGGCAACCCAAACAGACCAACCUCCUCAGAAGUGGUCAGCGGACGUUUCCAGUAUGGCGUUAUUUUUGAUGCUGGGAGCACAGGGACAAGGAUCCAUGUCUUCAAGUUUCAACUAGAGGACAAUGUGUAAAGAAGGGAUCUUGGAGCUGUUGGAGGUGGCCCAGGACGGCAUUCCCUCCUCUGUGUGGAGCAGCACUCCUCUGGUCGUCAAGGCCACCGCAGGCCUUCGCCUUCUGCCUGGGGAGAAGGCCACACACCUGGACAGGGUGAGAGAGGUGUUUCUGGAGUCUCCAUUCCUGUCCAGAGGGGACAGUGUGUCUAUAAUGGAUGGCACUGAUGAAGGGAUCUCUGCUUGGAUCACAGUCAACUUCCUCAUAGAAGACCAUCUGGGCCUUACCCAUCGAUUACAUGACAUCAUUUCAGAUGUUCAACAGCACCCACACACUCUACUCACACAGGAGAGCCCAUUUGAGUCCUGCCUUAGGAAAGUGGAGAAGUUGCUGUUUCAGAAGGUGAAGAAGGCAGAGGAAGCCAAAGAUAUUGAAUUCUAUGCCUUUUCAUACUACUGACAGAGCUGUGGAUCUGGGCGCCAUUGAUGAGAAAACAGGAGGGACUAUAAAAGUCAGCGAUUACAUUGAUGCUGCUAAAAGUGUGAAUUCUUGCAAGAAAUCACCAUUUCUCCCAGUGUGCAACGGAAUGACAGUUAUUCCCAGAGAGAAUACUUUCCUUUGUCUGGAUCUAACCUACAUCUCUCGGAUGCUGCAAGAGCUUGGUUUUCCCAAAGAAAAAGUAUUUAAGCUGGCGAGGAAGAUUGAUGAAGUGGAGACUAGUUGGGCUCUGGGGGCAACUUUCCACUACAUCGAGUCCCUCCAGUCAUUGAGCUGCCAGUUUCACCUCACUUGUUGCUGCCAUGACAUGCCAGUGUUUUUCUGUGCUGCAAAGUAUAUUCAGGCCAUUUUCCUAAAGUGAUUGCACAGAGCAAAAGUACAAAGUUUCCCGAAUUUUAGUUUAUUUUACCAGUUGCCUUUGGAUUUUUGCAGGCGUGGUUUGUUUAUACUUAAUGAAUGUUGGUUGUGUAAUAAAGCACAUGCUACUGCUGUAGUUUAAAAGAGCAUGACCAGUUAAAUAUAACAUUGUGCUAAAAUGUCAUUUUCUGUGUACAAUUCAGAAUCCACUGGGUUAAUGAAGGCAUAUGUAUUUUGAAUAAAAGAAAACAAUGUUAUAUUCCA